AUGAUUGGUGACAUCCUAGAAGCGAAACAAUGCCAACUAAAAGAUCCCAUGGAUUUGUUUCGUUCUGGGCAAGUUGUAAAAAUAUGUGCCCCUAUGGUCCGCUAUUCAAAGUUGGCUUUCAGAACCUUGGUUAGGAAAUACAGUUGCGAUUUGUGUUACACACCAAUGAUAGUGGCAGCUGAUUUUGUGAGAUCUGCAAAAGCUAGAGACAGCGAAUUCACAACAAACAAAGGUGAUCAUCCAUUGAUUGUUCAGUUUGCUGCUAAAGAAGCACAAGUUUUGUGUGAUGCUGCCCGUAUCGUCUGUCCUUUUGCAGAUGGAAUAGACCUAAACUGUGGUUGUCCUCAGAGAUGGGCAAUUGCAGAAGGUUAUGGUGCUUGCUUAAUAAAUAAACCAGAGCUGGUUCGAGAUAUGGUGAGACACGUACGGAAUCAGAUCGACAACCCUAGAUUUUCAGUAUCUGUUAAAAUAAGGAUCCAUGAGGACUUAAAAAGAACAGUUGACCUGUGUCAAAAAGCUGAAGCAACUGGAGUUUCUUGGAUUACAGUACAUGGGAGAAGUGUAGAAGAAAGACAUCAGCCUGUACAUUAUGAUGCUAUUAAAAUAAUUAAACAAAGCUUGUCUAUACCUAUUGUGGCCAAUGGAGACAUUAAAACUUUAAAAGAUGCUGAAAACGUUCAUCACUUGACAGGAGCAGAUGGUGUAAUGGCGGCUAGAGGACUCUUAGCAAAUCCGGCUAUGUUUGCAGGAUACGAAGAGACACCUUUGAAGUGCAUUCAGGACUGGGUUGACAUUGCUCUUGAGCAUGGAACUCCUUUUACAUGUUUUCACCACCACUUGAUGUACAUGAUGGAACGGAUAACUUCAAAACAAGAAAAAAAAGUUUUUAAUGUUUUAUCAAGUACCUCAGCAGUACUAGAUUAUCUGAAUGACCAUUAUGGUGUGUGA